AUGGCGGAACGUGAUCCUGCGGGUAUGCUUACAACACUGCCACCGGAAGCAAUUCGGUUGGCCCACGCUCUUGCUGCCUAUUUCCAGGCGCACGAUGAUACCGAUGAACCUCUCAACCCUUUCGACGUCUAUGGAAGGAACGUUAUCGCAUACAUUGCAGAAAAAUAUGAUCCGGAGUCUAAUGCCACGGGAUCGUCCACUGAUUUCCCCGCCAGCUGGGCAAACGACAGUUCCCAAGUGUAUUCGGCAAUCGUAACGGUCUUCAAUCUAGCCUUUGGCCUUUCAAUGCCAAGCACGGAAUCACGACCUACGAGGUCAUUGCUCGAUCUACCUGUGGAGUUGCUCUUGCUUAUUGAGCGGCAGCUACCUGACAAAGACGUUCACAGUCUUUGCCGAACAAACCGUCAUCUGUAUCACGCUUUGAGUGAUUCCCUUCGCCAGCGAGGUUUGAGGAACCUACGUGCGUUCCUAUGGGCUCUAAAAAAAAACAACAAGCAAGCGUUCGCCAAGGCAGUCGAAGCACUGACUCCUCUUCCGAGAACCAUGUGGAGCACACCCCGAUUGCAGCCGCACAUAAAUAACAGAAAUGUGCACCUGGUAAAGCUCAUGGCUUUCAAAGGCGGCCUGCUCGGACAACAACUUGAGCAUCUGAUCGACUUCGUCCUUCGGGUGUCACGAGAACGCACAGAAACCCCUAGUGUUGACAAGUGGCAGAGCAUUAAAAACUGUUUGGAAUGGGGUUUGAGUCCCAACUAUGUCUUCGAAGACGGAUGGUCCUUGAUGGCACAAGCCAUUGUGAAAUCAAUCAUAAAUCCGUACAAACAGUUCAGAGAGGUAAAGGUCUUACUCUCUCAUGGGGCUGACAUGGGUUGUCUCAUCACCAUACCGGACAAUGAUUCAAUGCUGCAUCUAGCAUGCCUUUACUACCAGCCCAAGAUCGUGCAGAUCUUGCUCGAAAAAAGGUUGUUUGACAGGCACGAACUCAAGUCGAAUGACCGGGAUAAUCUGCUCGACAUUCUCAUCCAGGACCCAAAUGUCAGAAUCGAUGAACGCGAUAGCAAUGGUCGGACUCCACUAAGCCUUGCUGCCGGCCACUCAGUCAACUUAUCGAUGGCUAAGAAAUUCGUCAAUAGAGCUGUUCAUCUGCCAGACAGGAUCGAUAUCAAUAUCCAAGACAAUGAGGGAAAGACACCACUUUGUCACGCCAUUUCCAUCAAGGAACCUUACAUGGUUCGUCUUUUCGUCAACCAACACAGACUUGAUCCCAACCUCGGUCCGGCGGAUGCAUUCCCUCUGCUUCUCGCUGUUGUUUAUGAUAAGCUGCCAAUUCUUGAGAUAUUGCUGGACUCGAAGCAGCUGGAUUUGAAUAAGCAAAACAGCGAAGGGGAGACCGCCUUGUUGAAGGCACUUCAUAUUGGCAAUACGGAAGCUGUCAAGUUGCUUGCCCGAGCUGGUGCAGAUCCCGAUUUUGAACCACGCGAAGGAGUGACAGCGCGACAGGCGUGCCUGGAUGCAGGUCUCCUUGUCAGAUGGAGGGUUCGCCCGAUCUAG